AUGGGUUUUUCACAGGUCGGAAAAUUUUUAAGAACAAUCGCAAGCACAGAAACCCAACUGUGGGCAGGGCAGGAAUCAGGUGUAAGAGUGUGGAACUAUUCAGAUGCAUAUAAGGCAGGGAUUGGGAUUGGGGGAAGAGCAAGGAGGGGUGAUGAGGAUGCUGCUCCAUUUUAUGAAUCGGGCAGCACAUCACCAACAAUAUGUUUGGUUGUUGAUCAAGGGUGUAAGUUGGUAUGGAGUGGGCACAAAGAUGGUAAAAUUAAGUCUUGGAAGAUGGACCAGCAAUUUUCUGAUGAGAACGGUUUCGAGGAAGGUCUUUCCUGGCAGGCUCAUCGAGGUCCAGUUCUUUCCAUGCAGAUUUCUUCCUAUGGUGAUAUUUGGUCAGGAUCCGAGGGUGGGGCUAUAAGGGUUUGGCCAUACGAAGCUGUGGAAAAAUCUCUCUCUCUGUCACCGGAAGAAAAAAACAUGGCCACUCUAUUAGUGGAGAGAUCAUUUAUUGACCUGAAAAGCCAAGUCACAGUCAAUGGCACUUGCAGUAUAUCCUCUUCAGACGUGAAGUGGUUGUUGACGGAUAAUGCCAGAAGCAGAAUCUGGGCUGUCGGGUCUCUGUCCUUCUCAUUAUGGGAUGCUCGUACAAGGGAACUUCUAAAAGUAUUCAACAUAGAGGGUCAGAUUGACAACCGUGUCGACAUACCAUCAGUCCAGGACCAAGCCUCUGAGGAUGAGAUGAAUGUUAAGUUCGUUUCCAAGUCAAAAAAGGAGAAAUCGGGAGGCUUUCUUCAAAGAUCGCGCAAUGCUAUAAUGGGUGCUGCGGAUGCCGUUCGGCGGGUGACCCCAGCAGCUGGCAUGAUCAGCCCCGAUCAAGUUGCCGAUAUAUCCAUACAUCAGCAGGACUACCACUCGCCGGACGAAUUCGUUGAGGGCAUCCCACAAAGCUGGUGGUCUGAAGACAUGAGAGACAAGGAAGUGAUUUUGUUGGUGAACGUGAGAGGAAGCUGCUCAACCGAGACCAAGAGUCACAGAGUACACGUCCGCCACAAGUACUCGGGUAACCAAUGCAUCAUCGAGCCGUCGAAAGGUGAUAUUUCUGGAGGAGGUUCCUCCAGAAAACACCGAGCAGGUUCCUACAGAGGUGGACGCUGA